AUGCCGUCCGAGAGAAUGAACUGGCUCUCGAAAAAACAGUGCUUCGUUCUAACCAGAAAUUGCUUCCUGCAUGUGAAGCCAAGCCAUCAAAACCAAUUCCAGUGCCAGAAAAUACACAGUAAAAAGGAGGCCCAGCCCAAAUGCCAAAUACCAAAAGAAACUACUUCAAGUGGAACCAUACAAGCACUCCGACAGCUUGCAGGAGAAAAGGGCGUUCCAUUGUCGGGGAAUAAGGAGCAGUUGAAGCAAAGAUUGCAGUGGUAUGACACGUAUAACUUGAAUUCAUCGAUUAUUGAACCCGUAGAAGCAGUGAAGCCGCUAGACGACUCUGGAUUUAUCGAAGACUUGGCGUUUUUCGCGUGCGAUGAAGUUCUCCAGCAAUCGUUGGGAUGGCUUAGUGUCGUGGAAAUUUUUUCAUAUUUUCAACAACGAUCUGCCCGUCAAGGAUAUCGCAAUGGGAAGCUGCUGCAACAAGCCGGAUUCUUAAGGAAUGUUUGCUACGCGAAGGUGUGCAUUUGUGCAAAAAAGGCUUUCUAAUUUUUAACUUUUCAUAGGUUUAGUUUGAUUAAGUUAUAAGUAUUAGGCAGAUUUUCAUGAAAAAUUAUACUGCUGUUAUAAGCAUAACUGUCUCAUGUACAUGGGAACCCCAGUAAACAUGGGACAAAUAUUCGUAUACUAGCAGUAUAAGAAGACGAUUUAUUUGGGCAGCACUUAUUCCCGUUUUCAUGUUUUAAUUUGUCUCUUUUCAAUUGAACUAUUUAAUCUCUAGUAUAUGGUUAGUAUCUUUACCUAGUAGCAAUGCAAUUAUGUAAUACCAGUAAUACCACCUAAAGAAAUACUACUGGUAUUUAUGUCAAGGUACAAACAGUACUAUUAGUAUGUCAUCUGGAAUGCCAUGGCACAAUUAUGUACUAGGGUUUAUAGGCAUGGUACAACAAGUGUGUUUUUAGUAUUAAAAAAACUGGAUAUAGGGAAUGCUGUCCAAGCAUAUCUUAUUCAUACAAAGAGCUAAUCAUGAGUUACACAAUGUUGUGGCUUACAGCAAUGAACUGAGUGGUGGUGAUAGGUUGCU